AAUGUGGCAGCGAGUGCUACGCCUGCGCAGUAGGCCUCCGGUCGCCGUUUCCCUUCCCCGGCUCUAGCAGGCCGGCUUCUCUGUCCAAUGCCCACCCGGAGCUGGGAGGAGGAGUCUGCGUAGUGUGCGUGUGAAGAGACGGGGGAGCUGGCCGGGGCUCGCGGUGUUUGACCCGUCGGUCGUGCGUGAGAGGAAAGGGAAGGAGGAGGACCCGAAUAGCGGUCGCCGAAAUGUUCCGGUGUGGAGGCCUGGCGGCGGGUGCUUUGAAGCAGAAGCUGGUGCCCUUGGUGCGGACCGUGUGCGUCCGAAGCCCGAGGCAGAGGAACCGGCUCCCAGGCAACUUGUUCCAGCGAUGGCAUGUUCCUCUAGAACUCCAGAUGACAAGACAAAUGGCUAGCUCUGGUGCAUCAGGGGGCAAAAUCGAUAAUUCUGUGUUAGUCCUUAUUGUGGGCUUAUCAACAGUAGGAGCUGGUGCCUAUGCCUACAAGACUAUAAAAGAGGACGAAAAAAGAUACAAUGAAAGAAUUUCAGGGUUAGGGCUGACACCAGAACAGAAACAGAAAAAGGCCGCAUUAUCUGCUUCAGAAGGAGAGGAAGUUCCUCAAGACAACGUGCCAAGUCAUGUUCCUUUUCUGCUAAUCGGUGGAGGCACGGCUGCUUUUGCUGCAGCCAGAUCCAUCCGGGCUCGGGAUCCUGGGGCCAGGGUACUGAUUGUAUCUGAAGAUCCUGAGCUGCCAUACAUGCGACCUCCUCUUUCAAAAGAACUGUGGUUUUCAGAUGACCCAAAUGUCACAAAGACACUGCGAUUCAAACAGUGGAAUGGAAAAGAGAGAAGCAUAUAUUUCCAGCCACCUUCUUUCUAUGUCUCUGCUCAGGACCUGCCUCACAUUGAGAAUGGUGGUGUGGCCGUCCUCACUGGGAAGAAGGUAGUACAGCUGGAUGUGAGAGACAACAUGGUGAAACUUAAUGAUGGCUCUCAAAUAACUUAUGAAAAGUGCUUGAUUGCAACAGGAGGUACUCCAAGAAGUCUGUCUGCCAUUGAUAGGGCUGGAGCAGAGGUGAAGAGUAGAACAACGCUUUUCAGAAAGAUUGGAGACUUUAGAAGCUUGGAGAAGAUUUCACGGGAAGUCAAAUCAAUUACGAUUAUCGGUGGGGGCUUCCUUGGUAGCGAACUGGCCUGUGCUCUUGGCAGAAAGGCUCGAGCCUUGGGCACAGAAGUGAUUCAGCUCUUCCCCGAGAAAGGAAAUAUGGGAAAGAUCCUCCCCGAAUACCUCAGCAACUGGACCAUGGAAAAAGUCAGACGAGAGGGGGUUAAGGUGAUGCCAAAUGCUAUUGUUCAAUCGGUUGGAGUCAGCAGUGGCAAGUUACUUAUCAAGCUGAAAGACGGCAGGAAGGUAGAAACUGACCACAUAGUGGCGGCUGUGGGCCUGGAGCCCAAUGUUGAGUUGGCCAAGACUGGUGGCCUGGAAAUAGACUCAGAUUUUGGUGGCUUCCGGGUAAAUGCAGAGCUACAAGCACGCUCUAACAUCUGGGUGGCAGGAGAUGCUGCAUGCUUCUAUGAUAUAAAGUUGGGAAGGAGGCGGGUAGAGCACCAUGAUCAUGCUGUUGUGAGUGGAAGAUUGGCUGGAGAAAAUAUGACUGGAGCUGCUAAGCCGUACUGGCAUCAGUCAAUGUUCUGGAGUGAUUUGGGCCCCGACGUUGGCUAUGAAGCUAUUGGUCUUGUGGACAGUAGUUUGCCCACAGUUGGUGUUUUUGCAAAAGCAACUGCACAAGACAACCCCAAAUCUGCCACAGAGCAGUCAGGAACUGGUAUCCGAUCAGAGAGUGAGACAGAGUCCGAGGCUUCAGAAAUUGCUAUUCCUCCCAGCACCCCGGCAGUUCCACAGGCCCCCGUCCAGGGGGAGGACUAUGGCAAAGGUGUCAUCUUCUACCUCAGGGACAAAGUGGUCGUGGGGAUUGUGCUAUGGAACAUCUUUAACCGAAUGCCAAUAGCAAGGAAGAUCAUUAAGGACGGUGAGCAGCAUGAAGAUCUCAAUGAAGUAGCCAAACUAUUUAACAUUCAUGAAGACUGAAGCCCCGCAGUGGAAUUGGCAAACCCACUGCCACCCCGAAGGGUUGGAUGGGUAAAGGAGCAUUUUUUUAUUCUGCAGACUUUCUCUGUGUAUAAGUGUGAAUGAUCAAGUCCUUUGUGAAUAUUUUCAACUAUGUAGGCAAAUUCUUAAUGUUCACAUAGUGAAAUAAAUUCUGAUUCUUCUAAAUUAAA